GCUAUUGCAGCAAGAACACCGUGUUCCGGCGUGUCGCGGCGGGUUACGGCGCCGACCGCCCUGUGACCUUCAUCCAGGGCUACACAUGGUCCGGCUUCACCUUCGGCAAUGUGCUACCCCUGACGCAUAGCGUUUGCUCCAUCACACGCUAUACCGGUUCUUCCAGAGGUCGCGUCUUGCAAUCCUCGAGCAGCAAGAAUUGGUUACACGGCCACUGGGAAAACCACGUGGGUGUCAUCCACUACAACGGGUGGGUCACAUCGCACGAGAGGAACCCGAAAGUGCUUGAUUGGUUGGUGCUUUGCGGCACCAAUGGCGCUACACGUGCCUUCGAUGGCUUGUCUUCGGGCUCUCCGACCAAUAUUGCGACCAACGCCCCGAAAAAGUUCACCGGAACAAUACCUCUGUACGUCAACCACGGCCGUGAGCACGAAAAGUCUGAUUUUGCCGUCAUGGAGGUGAUUACAUGGGACAGGGUGUUGUCGGAGGAGGAGAUGCUGGCCACUGUCGAUUAUUUGAAGUGGAAGCUGAGGGCAGGAGCCGUCCUUGAGACGUCGGAACACCUUGCCACGGAAUCCCAGCACAACUUGGAUUCUUGGGGCGUUCAAGACUUGGACAACAUGCAGUCGAAGACGACCGAGGUCACCUUUGCCAACGGCUACAAAGCAGACCUGGCAGGCUGGACACAUACUCGUUACUAUGCGCGCGGCUUCAUCACAAACAAAAACGACGUAGCCACGGCUGUCGUGAAAGGCCUGACACCCGCAGCACAGUACCUCUAUCAGAUCUACAUGGUCCAUGAGAUGUCCAACUGGCAGGGUGAAGCCCAGGUAUCCGUGAACCACGGAGUGAAGGCACGAGCCCAGCAGAAUGGCAUCAACGAGGCCAGGUUUGCCGGGGUGGCAGUGGCAUCGCCCAGAGGCGAGAUCAAUUUCGAGUUCCAACGCAUCUCCCCCCAUUGCCACCUCAGCAGCAUCGCCAUUGCAAAAGUAGGACCAAGCACUGUCGCCAAGCCUGCGGACCCACCAUCGCAGGGCAUGUAUGCCUGGUUCAAGAGCGAGAACGCGGGAUCCGUUUGGCGCAGCUCCGUGGGAGACUUUGAAGGCUAUUGCAGCAGGAACAGUGUGUUCCGGAGAGUGGAAGCAGGCUAUGGCGCCGACCGCCCUGUCACCUUCAUUGAGGGCACCACGGGGUCCGGGUUUACCUUCGGGAACGUGCUUCCUGUGACCCACAGCGUGUGCUCUAUAUCUCGCUACAGCAGAGCCGGAGAUUCAUCCUCUACCAGAGGUCGCAUCUUGCAAUCCUCGAGCAGCAAGAAUUGGUUACACGGCCACUGGAAAAACCACGUGGGUGUCAUCCACUACAACGGGUGGGUCACAUCGCACGAGAGGAACCCGAACGUGCUUGAUUGGUUGGUGCUUUGCGGCACCAAUGGCGCUACACGUGCCUUCGAUGGCUUGUCUUCGGGCACUCCGACCAAUAUUGCGACCAAAGAACCGAAAAAGUUCACCGGAACAAUACCUCUGUACGUCAACCACGGCCGUGAGCACGAAAAGUCUGAUUUUGCAGUCAUGGAGGUGAUUACAUGGGACAGGGUGUUGUCGGAGGAGGAGAUGCUGGCCACUGUCGAUUAUUUGAAGUGGAAGCUGAGGGCAGGAGCCGUCCUUGAGACGUCGGAACACCUUGCCACGGAAUCCCAGCACAACUUGGAUUCUUGGGGCGUUCAAGACUUGGACAACAUGCAGUCGAAGACGACCGAGGUCACCUUUGCCAACGGCUACAAAGCAGACCUGGCAGGCUGGACACACACUCGUCACUAUGCGCGGGGCUUCAUCACAAACUCAAAGGAUGUAGCCACGGCUGUCGUGAAAGGCCUGACACCCGCAGCACAGUACCUCUACCAGAUCUACAUGGUCCAUGAGAUGUCCAACUGGCGAGGUGAAGCCCAGGUAUCCGUGAACCACGGAGUGCAGGCACGAGCAAGGCAGAAUGGCGUCAACGAGGCCAAGUUUGCCGGGGUGGCAGUGGCAUCGCCCAGAGGCGAGAUCAAUUUCGAGUUCCAACGCAUCUCCCCCCAUUGCCACCUCAGCAGCAUCGCCAUUGCGAAGGUGAUGGGAACAGCAGGCCUCCUGCAGCAG